AUGGCUACAUAUCCGCGUACCUAUCGAAUUCAUCACAAAUUUCUAUCGUCUAAUCAUAAAUUUGAAAUUGAUAAUGGUACCGAUGAAAUACUAUAUACUGUUCGUGCAACUCUAUUUCCAACAUUCGAUAAAUUUUCUAUUUGUGAAACAUCAGGUGGCAAAGAAUUAAUCAAAAUUCAAAGAGAAGAUCAGCAUCUUCAUUUAACAUAUAAUAUUUCAGCAGUCAUGGAAAACGACAGUGCUACUCAACAUUUAGCAACAGUCAGACGAAUUCAUGGUCGACAUGAACAUCAUUUGCAUGGUAAAUUUGAAAUAGAUUCAAUUUAUGGAGUAUAUAAAUUAGAACGUAAUGCAAAUCGAUCUGAACAUGAAUUUAAAAUAAUAACUGGCGAGAAGACUGUGGUUGAUGUAACUCAUUUUACGAAAUUAGAAAAUAUAUAUAAUGUCGAAAUAAAUAGUGAUGAAGGAGCUGUUGAGGGCUCAUGCAGCGCUUGGUCACCAGAAUUCAAGCGUACCGUAAAUGGUUCAUGUCGUACAAUGUGUGUAGGUUCUGAGCGAAACGCUGGCCAACAAUCAUAAUGGUCGGAAAGUAAUGAUAUGAAUCAUGCACGCCGAUCCCAUACAGCAUCCAUAUUAAAUAAUGGAAAAGUUUUAGUUACUGGAGGAUUUAAUAGAGGUGUUAUGAAUUUUGCAGAAUUGUAUGAUGUAGAAUCACAAAAUUGGACAACUAUUAAUAGCAUGAAUCAAUCACGAGGUGAGCAAACUGCAUCCUUGUUGAACAAUGGAAAGAUUUUAAUUGCUGGUGGACUUUCCAAUGAUUUUUUAAGUAGUGCAGAGUUAUAUGAUCCAGAAACAGAAACAUGGACAAUUACGGAUAGUAUGAAUAGUAGACGAGCUGAACAUGCAGCAACUACAUUAGCAAAUGAAAAAGUAUUAAUUACUGGCGGAUUUGGAGAUGGAAAUACGCUCAAUACUUCUGAGUUGUAUGAUUCAUUAACAGAGACCUGGACAAUUACAGGAAGUAUGAAUUACGAACGAAGCAAACAUACAUCAUCUCUGUUAAUCGAUGGAAAAGUAUUAGUUACUGGUGGACAUGUUAGAGGUACGUAUUUAGAUAGUGUUGAAUUGUAUGAUCCAGAAACAGAAACUUGGACAAUUCUUGAUAAGAUGA